CUGGUGGUAUCAAUGGAUAUCACGCCGAGUUUAUAUUGAUGUUAAGAUUAUUUUAUUUAAAAAGUAUAUAUAUAUUGGUCUGAUAUUGUUAGUAUGUGUAAUUUAUAAUCGUUCAGAGUUGUUUUUUGGCAACAUCUCCGGUAACUUUCGUAACAGCUGCCAUGGGAGUUCAUGGACUGUGGAGACUGCUGGAGAGCACAGGGAAGCCCAUCAACCCCGAGACACUGGAGGGAAAGAUUCUCGCUGUUGACAUUAGCAUAUGGCUGAAUCAGGCCGUGAAGGGUGUAAGGGAUCGUGAAGGCAACAGUGUACAGAACGCCCACCUCCUCACUCUCUUCCACCGCAUCUGUAAACUGCUGUUUUUCCGCAUCCGUCCGGUCUUCGUGUUUGACGGAGACGCGCCGCUGCUGAAGAAACAGACUCUGACUCUGAGGAGGCAGAGGAAGGAGGAGCUGAGUCGAGAGUCCAAGCAGACCAAUGAGAAAAUCCUCAAGACUUUCCUGAAGAGACAGGCGAUCAAAGCCGCCCUAGGAGACCGAAGCAGCGCUCCUGUCCCGAGCCUCUCCAGUGUAAAGAACAACGAGGAGGAUGACAUGUACGUCCUCCCCGCUCUCCCCCCGGGGGAGAAGGACGAGAGCAGAUCAGAGGCCGAGGAAAGUUCUGAGGAAGAAGAAAGGAGAGCGGGCCAGAGGUCAAACAGUCAUCACAUCUGUCAGGAUGACUUUUAUGACAACCCCAACUCCGUUGAUAUCAACUCUGAGGACUUUUUCAGUCUGUCUCCAGAGAUCAGACAUGAGAUUCUCAAAGACAUGAAGGAGUUUUGCAAACGGCGUCGAGUCAUGUACCACCCACCACCAGAGAAUUCUGGAGACUUCUCCCAGUACCAGUUGGCCGGUCUGCUCCAGAGGAACCAGCUGAACCAGCGUCUGGAGGGUGUGGAGAAAGAGAUGACGGAGCGCAGCAUGGGCAGCACUUCACAGCUGUACCAACAGAACGGCCAGGAUCACAGCGUGGAGUCACGGCGGCUGGUUUCAGAAGAUAAUUCACACUAUAUCCUCAUUAAAGGCUCCACCAAGAACACCAAAGCCCCUGAGAACCAACCAGUAUCCACACCCUGGUCUGGGGACUCUCUGUCAGGCUGGGGGAAAAGAGCCAGGGGCCGACCUGAGCCUCUGUGGCUCCCUGUGUGUGAUGAAGACAAAGAAGAGCCGAGUACUUCGAAGGACUCCAAAUGUCUGUCACCAAAACCCUCUGAGGACAUCGUCGCUCUUCAGUCGUCCAGGGCAGAUCCAUCUGUCCUGACUGAGGGCUCGGAGCAGAUCGUCCCAGUGGACGGUAGUGUGUCUCCACGCACUCUCCACGCCAUCCAGAGAUGUUUGGAUGAAGAGGAAGACUCUGUAGCUCCACAACCUGACCCAUGUGACAGACCUCUGUCCAACGUCAGCCAACCAGUGGUGGUCAGCAGCUCAGAGGACGAGACUAUUGGUCCAGGGAAACCAGGUUGUAGUGGAAACCCCACAGGUCUCCCCCUGCUGGUGAGAGACUGUUUGUCAGUGAGUGGAUCUGAAGAUGAAAUGGAGGAAGUGAUUGGUCAACGAAACAAAGCACUUCAUGUUGUAGCGCAGCAUCAUCACAGAACGGAUGUGCGGUCAACUGAGGAGAACUCACAGCUGGAUGUGUUGACAGGAAGUAGAGGACGCAGGGAAAGACAAACGGAGCUGCAGAAUGAGGAGUCGGGGCAGAGACAGGUCACUGUGGGUUUGGUCCAAUCACAGACCGACGCUGCGUCCAUCGUUCUGACCGAUGAUCAGCUGAGGACAGAUGUGUCUGUAGAAGGGUUGGACGAGAGACACGGGGGUGACGUUAAAUCAGAAGACAGCGAUGGGAGUGAGUCAGAAGAGAGUUUCAUCGAGGUCUCAGAAGAAGAGUUCAAAGAGAAGGAUGACGACGUUCCACUUGGACAGGACGCCAAAACAGAAGGUCCAGCGGGGUUUCCCAAAAGUGAAGCCAUGGUGAAAGAGGUGGAUGAAAGUGUGGGUCAUGUCCCAGCGGCUGCUCCAACGUCAGAGGAAGACGAAGACGACCAAAGUCAACACGAGGACGAGGUGGAGCAGGGGACGGAGACGACGCCGAGCUCGCCGCCAGCAGCUGAUGAAUGGGAAGACAUGGACGUGGAGGAGCUGCAGAAUCUGCAGAGUUCUCUCCAGGUGCAGCAGAGCAGCCUGAUGGAACAGAAGCAGCAGCAGGAGCGAAUGGCCAACACCGUGACUGGACAGAUGUGCCUGGAGAGCCAGGAGCUGCUCAGGCUUUUCGGGGUACCGUUCCUGGUGGCCCCCACCGAGGCCGAGGCUCAGUGUGCGGCGCUAGACCGGGAUGACCACACUCACGGCACCAUCACCGACGACUCGGAUGUUUGGCUGUUUGGGGGGCGCCACGUGUACAAGAACUUUUUCAGCCAGAACAAAUACGUGGAACACUACCAGUACAGUGACCUGCAGAACCAACUGGGCCUGGACAGGAAUAAGAUGAUAAACCUGGCCUACCUUCUUGGAAGUGACUACACUGAGGGCGUGCCAGGGGUUGGAUAUGUGACGGGUAUGGAGAUACUCAAUGAGUUCCCAGGAUCAGGGCUGGAGCCUCUGAUACAGUUCAGCACCUGGUGGUCAGAAGCUCAGGAGAAAAAACGCCUGGCAGCCAAUCCUCGGGACACAAAAGUGAAGAAGAAAUUGAGAGACCUGCAGCUGCACCCAGGUUUCCCUAACCCUGCAGUGGCUCAGGCCUACCUUCAGCCCGUGGUGGAGCAGUCGGACAGUACCUUCAGCUGGGGGCGCCCUCAGCUGGACAUGAUCAAAGAGUUCUGUCUCAGCCGCUUCGGUUGGAACUCCCGUAAAACUGAGGAGACGUUGCAGCCAGUUCUCAAACAACUGGACACCCACCAGACUCAGCUGCGGAUCGACUCGUUCUUCCGGAUGGAGCAGCAGGAGAAGAACGCCAUACGCAGCCAGCGGCUUCGCCGAGCAGUCACCUGUUUGAAAAGGAAGGAGAAGGGAGGAAGUGAAGAAGACGGCGAGGAGGAGAGAAGUCCACCAGUCAGAGGGAAGGUCGUAAAAAAAGGAGCUGGAGUUAAAGACGGAGAGGUGGAGGGACCUGUUGCUGCAGGUGGAGGGUUCCUGGGCUCCGCGCCGACUGUUGAACCUCCACCUGUGUCUGUGAUGGACGUGAGCAGCGUCAGACAGGAAGUUCCCUUAGUGAACUCUGUCAGUCGCCGUAAACCGCCUGGGAGCAGCAGCAGCUCCAGCGACGACAGUGACGUGGGCGGCGACACGGCGGUCAUGGUCCGAGCCAAGUCUGUCUUUGACAAGAGCGCACGGGGCCGAGGGGUGAGGGGUAAACGAGGGAGAGGAGGACAGAGGAGGAAAACAUGAGAGCGUCUGACUGUCGUACACGUGGUCACAUGACUCCAGUCGACGGCCUCUAAUUCUGACGUAAUCUGUGGAUUGAAUUAUGACUGAAUCAACAGUUUGGGAUAUUUAUGAAAAUAAAAAAAAUGAAAUAAAGUGUUAAAACUGUG